GAGAAUAGUAUAGAAAGAAGCGAGAGACCUUCAAGAGAAACUUUUAUUAUACUUAUCAUUGUUCAAAAAUUUUAUACAUGAAUUAUAAUAUUAAUAUUAUAUUGUGAGAUAUUUUUUGUUAAGAUAUUCUACUGAUGCACAUUAAUAAAGUCUACGGGCAGCCCCAUUUAAUCAAGAUGGAUAGAGGGGGGGGCAGUAGUAUAUAUAAGAGCGUAGCGCUGUUGGAGAAUAAUCAAUUUAAAUAUGAAAAAGGGUAAAGACAUUGAUAGAGAGGAGCGAGAGACAGCAGCAAAUGAGCCGCUUAGUCCGGUUUCGCAGUUGUUUGUUUUGCCAGGCCUUUACUGCGUCAUUGUUUUAACACUAGGGUUUAAAACUAGAUGCAACCCAUCUGCCAUUGUUGAAGGUAUCAAGAACACAUGGAUCAAGCUCCCUCGCUUCUCUAGCAAAGUGAAAAAUGGACAAGCGGUUUGGGUCCCUGUUACUGUUCGAGUUGAAGAUCAUGUUAUUGUACCAGAUCUUGACCAUUUCAACAUUGAAAAUCCUGAUCAAUUUAUAGAAGACUAUACGUCAAACAUUGCUAGUACUCCAAUGGAUAUGUCCAGACCUUUAUGGGAAUUUCAUGUGCUGAAUGUAAAGACAUCAAGCGCAAAAUCUGUAGGCAUAGGAAAACUACAUCAUUCACUAGGCGAUGGGAUGUCUCUUAUGUCUCUUCUACUCGCUAGUUCACGAAAAGUAUCAGACCCCAAGGCUCCUCCAACUACAACGGCUACAAAAAAACAUGCUGAUUCAAGUGCUAAGGGUUGGUGGUGUAUUAGGAGAUUUUGGUUGGUGAUAAAUAUCAUUUUCACAACUCUUAUUGAAUUGUUCAAGUUUUGGCUUACUCUAUGUUUUAUGCGUGAUACGAAAACUCCUCUCAUGAGUGAACCGGGAGAUACAGUUCGACCUAGAAAAUGUAUCAAUAGGAUAAUAAGCUUGGAUGAUGUCAAAAUGAUAAAGAACACAAUGGAAAUGAAAGUAAAUGAUGUUCUUCUUGGAAUGACACAGGCAGGUCUCUCAAGAUAUUUGAGCAAAAAAUCUGAUGAUGAUAUGGCGACCGGGAAGAAAAAAGUCCGUCUUCGUGGUACAGUAGCUGUAAAUCUAAGACCAGAUACAAAGAUUGAGGAUCUCACUAAUAUGAUGGAAAAGGGUUCAAAGUGUAGAUGGGGAAACUUCGUAGGUAUUGUCAUAUUUCCUUUGUGGGUAAGAGGUGAGGAUGAUCCACUAGAAUACGUUAGAAAAGCAAAAUCUACGAUGGAUAUGAAAAGAAUCUCCAUGGAGGCACUUAUACUAUAUGGACUUGUUAAAUGUAUCAUGAAGAUAUUCGGGGAUAAGGCAGCAGAAAAUAUUGUCAAAAGGGUAUUUGGUCACACAACAUUAACAUUUUCAAGUGUGAUGGGGCCAAAGGAAGAAGUAAGUCUUUUUGACCAUCCGAUGUCUUACGUGACAGCAACCGCAUCAGGUGGACCUCAGGCUUUGAUUAUCCAUUUUGUAAGCUACGUAGACAAGAUUAUCAUCAAUCUGGCUGUCGACACAACAGUAAUUCCAGACCCUCAUCAACUAUGUGAUGAUUUGGUAGAAUCGCUCGGUAUCAUCAAACUUGCUGCCUUGGAGAAAGGAGUUCACAACAUGGAGGUUUGAGACAUUAUCACUACUUGAUAACUAUGAAGUUUUAUUUUUAAAAGAUAACAGGUGUUGAAAUCUAAUUACGUACCAUGUAAGCCUGGUUUGAUCUCAAUAAAAAGUUCUCUCGGCCGAAGCAUUUCCUACAUUAUAAUAUGUUCAAUCGAUGAUAUGUGUUUGAUUUUUGUACCGUUUUCCUUGUUUAAAGUUCGAACUUCAAAUGAUAUCAAUCUUGAGCUU